UUCUGUCUUACAAAGCAGUACUAGGUUGUGCUGAAAUGGAAUACUUUUUAGUAGAUCACAAUUACUGGAGUACUGUGAUUAGUAUUCUUGCUCAGCAAUACUUUUCGGACUCACAUGCCACUUGUAUUUUGUGGCAUCCUGCGUUUGACUUCAAACUGGAUUCAGUUGAACCACUACCGCUUGUUAUAAUGGAUUCACAGAGAUGGGCUUUAAACAAAUCCGAUGGCCAAGAUGUAUAUGACUACAACAAAAAACGUAACGAAUUUAAAAAGAAUGGUAUACCCCAUAACGACGAUUGGAUACUUUGGCUGACAAUUGCCAUUGAACAGUCGCACUGUGAGACUUUUAUAGCCUUUCAGGAGCAGAUACCCGAAUUCGCUCGAUCCUUUUACCACGCCAGUAUCUAUUCCAUUUGGCGUUCUCUGAGAAAUAAAUUUAUUUUUGUUUAUACUACGGAAUUGCUGGAGGAUAAUGAUUACUAUUUCAGCGAGUAUAUAUUUCAAGAUCAACCAAAUAUUUUACUGGUCACCUCGGAUUACCUCAACUCGAGCAGCUUCGAGAUCAAGACGAACCGCUUCGUUGGUCGGCGAAAUUUUGAUCCAGCACCGGGACAAAUUCAAUUUGAUCACCUUUAUCGAUACAAUUCUGUCGAAAAUUGUGCAACCUGGACUUAUGAGCUGAAAAGGAGAAUGUCCGAAAAACUCCAAAACCUUCAAGGAAGGGAAAUAGUUAUUGGUGUUUUUGAUUACAAACCCUUCAUGCUGUUGGACUACGAAAAACAACCAAAGGUAUACGAUCGAGCUGCAGAUACGACGGAUGCAGUAUCCAUUGAUGGUACUGAGGUCAGACUUAUUUUUUUUUGUGAGUUGUAUAAUUGCACUGUCCAAGUGGAUACCUCUGAGCCAAAUGACUGGGGAGGUGUCUAUCCAAACGCAACGGGAUAUGGUCUAGUGGGAAUGGUACUCGAUAGACGAAACGACUACGGCAUAGGUGGCAUUUAUUUAUGGUACGAGGCUUAUCAGUACAUGGAUAUGACCCAUUUCUUAGGUCGGUCUGGAGUCACUUGCCUAGUGCCCGCACCGAGCCGCCUAAUCAGUUGGACCCUUCUGCUCCGCCCGUUCCAGGCCGUUCUCUGGAUGUGCGUGAUGCUGUGCCUGUUGCUUGAGAGCGUGGCCCUGUGUAUCACACGUCGGUGGGAGCAUUUCUCGGAUUCCUCUCAGCCUCACACCUGGACCGGUAGCCUGCGAUUCGGUUUAAUCAGUACACUGAAACUCUUUGUAAACCAGAGCACCAGCUAUGUAACCCGAUCGUAUGCCUUGCGGACCGUGCUAGUGGCCAGCUACAUGAUCGACAUCAUCCUAACGACCGUCUACAGUGGCGGAUUGGCUGCAAUCCUGACGUUGCCCACUCUGGAGGAGGCAGCGGACUCGCGACAGCGACUCUUUGACCAUAAGCUCAUCUGGACCGGAACUUCGCAGGCUUGGAUAACCACCAUUGGCGACGGAUCAGCUGACCCAGUACUCUUGGGCUUAAUGGAGCAAUACCGAGUGUUCGACGCCUCUUUGAUAUCCGCCUUUUCGCACUCGGAACAAAUGGGAUUUGUGGUGGAGCGCCUGCAAUUCGGACACUUGGGCAACACCGAACUUAUAGCAAACGAUGCCUUGGAGCGCCUUAAACUUAUGGUAGACGACAUUUAUUUCGCUUUCACUGCAGCCUUUGUGCCUCGCCUUUGGCCUCAUUUAAAUGCCUACAACGAUUUUAUCCUGGCCUGGCACUCUUCCGGCAUAGACAAGUUCUGGGAGUGGAAGAUAGCCGGUGAUUACAUGAACGGCCACCGUCAGAAUCUCAUUGUUGCUUCCCAGAAGCCAAACCUGGACAUUGGUCCCGUCAAAUUGGGUAUUCACAACUUCAUUGGCUUGAUCUUACUCUGGUGCUUUGGCAUGAUCUGCAGCCUUCUCACAUUUGCCGUCGAACUGUGGUGGGGUCGAAAGCUUAUUUAUUGAUAUUCAAGGAUUUGAAAAAUG